AUGGGUUGCUUUCACUCCAAAACCGCUCAUCUUCACUCCCCUGAAGACCCUCCUACUGAUUUACCCGACUCAAAGAAACCCGAUCCAGGUGAUGAUGGAGGGGAUGGUGAUCAAGAAAAUCAGAUUCCAGCAUUCAAAGAGUAUGGUCUGAAUGAACUCAGAAGGGCCACACAUGAGUUCAGUACUGGUUACAUUGUCUCUGAGAGUGGUGAGAAAGCUCCUAAUUUGGUUUACAGAGGGAAGCUUGAGAAUAAUCGAUUAGUCGCUGUUAAACGCUUCUCCAAACAGUCUUGGCCUGAUGCUCAACAAUUUCUGGCAGAGGCAGCUGGAGUUGGGAAAGUGAGGCACAAAAGAUUGGUGAAUCUAAUUGGCUGUUGUGCUGAAGGAGAUGAAAGGCUCUUGGUAGCUGAGUACAUGCCAAAUGAUACUUUGUCCAAACAUCUCUUUCAUUGGGACAAGCAACCGUUACCGUGGGAAAUGCGUGUUAGAGUUGCAUAUCAUGUUGCACAGGCGCUAGAUCAUUGUAGCAUGGAAAACCGGAAAAUAUAUCAUGAUCUGAAUGCUUAUAGAAUUCUCUUUGAUGAGGAUGGUGAUCCCCGUUUAUCAAGUUUUGGGCUCAUGAAAAAUAGUCGAGAUGGGAAAAGCUACAGUACUAAUCUGGCCUAUACUCCACCUGAAUUUUUGCGAACAGGUAGGAUAAUAGCAGAAAGUGUGAUCUACAGUUACGGUACUGUCCUAUUGGAUCUUUUGAGUGGCAAGCAUAUUCCCCCAAGCCAUGCUUUGGACCUAAUUAGAGGGAAAAAUGCGUUGUUGUUGAUGGACUCAUCCUUAGAAGGGCAAUAUGCAAAUGAUGAUGCUACAAAGUUGGUUGAGCUUGCAUCAAAAUGUCUUCAGUUUGAGGCCAGAGAAAGACCUGAUACUAAGUUUCUUCUCACUGCUGUUACACCUCUUCAAAAGCAGAAAGAGGUUGCAUCUCAUGUGUUAAUGGGCCUUACUAAAACAGCGGCAGUGCUACCGCUACCAACCAUGCUUUCUCCUCUUGGAAAGGCUUGUGCAAGGAUGGAUCUUACUGCUAUUCAUGAUAUAUUGUUAAAAACAGGUUAUAAAGAUGAAGAAGGUGCCGAAAAUGAGCUUUCAUUUCAAGAGUGGACCCAACAAGUGCAAGACAUCUUAAACACAAAAAAGUUCGGCGAUAUUGCAUUUAGAGACAAGGAUUUCAAAAAUGCAAUUGAGUAUUAUUCCAAGUUGGUGGUUAUGAUGUCUGUUCCCUCUGCGACCGUCUUUGCAAGGAGAGCCUUCUCCUACUUGAUGAACGAACAGGCGGAACUUGCAUUAAGAGACGCAAUGCAGGCGCAGGUAUGCAUACCUGAUUGGCCAACUGCAUUCUACCUACAAGCUCUUGCUCUCUCAAAGCUGGGAAUGGAAACCGACGCACAGGACAUGCUCAACGACGGAGCAGCCUUCGAAGCAAAGAGAUCUAACAGCUGGCGCAAUUAA